CGUCAAGUUUACAUGAUUGAGGAAGUAAAGUUAACUCGUACUAAAUAAACAAAGUUAAUUUACCGAAACUCACAUUUGAAGUGAUGUCAGCCGAAAACUCUAUAUCGGACAAUAUAAUGGAUAUGUUUGGACUAUCAACGGACAAAGGAAGUCCAGUUCCACUAAAGUCCAUUGACGUGAAUGUGACAAUCAAGGGCUACCUGGCUGAGGUGGUAACCAGUCUGGGGUAUUACAACAGCGAGGAUGACCCAGUCGAGGCAAUGUUCACAUUCCCUGUGGAUGAUGGGAGUGCCGUAUAUCAGUUUGAGGCCACCAUUGAUGGGAGGCACAUUAUCGCUGAGAUUCAGGAAAAGGAACAGGCUAUUCUAACAUAUGAAGAUGCAAAGCAGAGUGGGAAGACAGCCAUGUUGCUUAAGGAAGAUACAAAAAGCAGCGACACUUUCCAAUGCAUGCUUGGUAAUCUGCCCGCAGGCAAGGAAGCAGAACUGAUGCUGUCAUAUGUGAAUGAGCUGCCACAGGAGGAGGAUGGGAGGGUGAGGUUUACACUACCUACGGUGCUGAACCCACGCUACAGUCCAGAAGCUGGUUCGAGCGUUGCCGCAGAGGGGGCUGAAUAUGUACCACCCAAGUCAGUGCCUUACAACUUCAAGAUGACUGUCACAAUAGAAGGAUACCAUGGCAUUAAGGCUGUUUCUUCUGACAAAAUCUCACUGGAUGUCAAGUUAGAGUCAGGCGGGAAAUUGGCUCAGUUUGAGAUUGGGGAGGAGUUUAAAUUUGACCAUGACCUUUGUCUGCUGGUGGAAUAUGCCGAGCCCUUCGCUCCGCAGGUUAUCCUGGAAAAUGGAAACCCGGAGAAAGAGGGUCUACUGAAGGAAGACAUGCUAAUGGUGAGUUUCCAUCCCGACCUCAAGCAAGUUGCCAUGGCAACCAGUGGAGAAUAUGUCUUUAUCAUCGAUAGAUCAGGAAGUAUGGCUGGUAGCAAUAUGAAGAAUGCAAAGGAGGCGUUGCUUCUGUUCCUGAAAAGUUUGCCUGUUGGUUGCUACUUUAAUGUGGUCAGCUUUGGAUCAAACUACACAUGUCUGUUUAACAAGAGCAAGGAGUACUGUGAAAAGACUCUGAAUGAAGCCCUGAAGGUCCAGGCCAAGAUGGGUGCAGACAUGGGUGGCACAGAGAUAUACCAACCCCUAGCAUAUGUCAUCAAACAGAAAGUACAACAACAACCAAGGAAUGUGUUUCUACUGACAGAUGGGGACGUGCGUAACAGUGAACAGGUGAUUGGGCUGAUUAGGAAGCACUCCGGGGAUACCAGAGUGUUUGCCUUAGGAGUUGGAAGUGGUGUAUCCACUUCCUUAGUAGAUGGCGUGGUGCGUGCAGGGAAUGGCCUCGCAGAAUUUAUUGCUAAUGAUGAACGCAUUCAACCCAAGGUUGUAUCCCUGCUAAAGUGUGCCAUGCAGCCGGCAGUUACGAACAUAGAGCUAACCUGGGACCUUCCCCCCGGGGUGACCCCGGUUUCCAUACCAACAGAUUGCCCUGUUAUGCUGACUGUGGGGCAGAGGCUAACAUUUUUUGCCAUGCUUCAAGGGGUAGAUCUGGAUACAAUCUACGCCACCAGCAAGCUAACCUUGAAAGGUAAACAAAACAACAACCCUGUGACCUUUGACCUUAUGUUCACCCUAUCAGAGGAUGACAACUCAAGCGUGUCUGCACCUGUCCAUCGCCUAGCAACCAAGACUCAGAUCAAGCUUCUACAGGACGAGGAAGCAGCUUUGUGUAACCAUAUAAACGAUGAUUUCUACAAUCCAAAAGAAAAUAUUAAUAAGGUUGAAGAAAUAAGAAAGAAGAUCGUUAGUGUGAGUCGCCAUGGUAACAUUGUGUCAAAGUUCACAUCAUUUGUUGCCGUGGAUACAGAGGGUGAGAAGGUCAAAGGUGAACUGAAGACGAGGCAAUGUCCAGUCCCCACAACCAGCGAGGAGUUCUUGAAAGGCAUGAGAAUGCUGGACACUCACAUCGGAGAUCUGAUAAGCAGCACCAGGCAAUUAAGAUAA